AGGGUGGAGGCAGCUCUCUAGUCGCGGUUGCAAUAGGCGGGUCCUGCUUUACGAUUACGAUGUUACGACUGUGCUUGAGUCGCUGCCUGCGAAGGACUUCGCUCGUGAGUUUCGGGGGUUGCCCGAGCCAGCAGCCGCAGGGAGCGCCUUUUUCUGUUUCAGCUUCUCGCAUGGAGCCUCUCCUCAGCUUUUCUCCCCCCGACCGCAGCGUCUUCGACGAGCCGCUGGCCAUCUCGGUGGAAGGGCUGCGGCCCCAGCAGGAAAUUAUCCUCCGCGCGUCGCUGGAAGAUGAGCGCGGGGAGCUCUUCGAGUCCCGCGCCUUCUACCGAGCAGACAGCGAUGGCCGCCUGGAUUUGCGCCGCUCGCCGGCGCUCGAGGGCGGGACCUUCUCGGGCUUGGAGCCGAUGGGGUUGCUGUGGUCGCUACAGCCGCAGAAGCCGCUUAGACGCCUGGUGAAGCGCGAGGUUGAGCGACCUUUUCGCCUGGAGCUGGAAGUGUUGGAACGCCAGGGAGGAUCUCUGCCGGAUCGCGUCCUGGUUAAGGAUUCCCAUGAGCGGAGAUUGCUGGCCGACGGGGUGAAGAGAAUCCCGGUGCGGGAAGGGAGCAUCCGGGCCACCCUUUUCCAACCUCCCGGUAAAGGCCCCUUUCCAGGCAUAAUUCAGGUAUCUGGAACUGGAGGAGGACUUCCUGAAUAUUCAGCUUGUCUGAUGGCCAAUCAUGGCUUUGCCAUAUUAGCUUUGGCCUAUUAUGGGUAUGAAGAUCUUCCGAAAGAAAUGAAGGAAUUUCAUCUGGAAUAUUUUGAGGAAGCUGUCAAUUAUAUGCUAAAAAACCCAGUGAUUAAAGGUCCAGGAAUUGGGUUGUGGGGACACUCCAAAGGGGGUGACCUCUGUGUUUCCAUGGCCUCUUUUUUAAAGGGCAUCACUGCAACAGUCACAGUUAAUGGUUCUAUAGCCAACAUAGCUGCAACACUACACUACAAGAAUAUCACCAUUCCACCUCUUGGCUUUAAUAUAAAUCGGAUGAAAAUUGAUCAGAAUGGAGUGGGUGACAUUAUUGAUGUCCUGAACAACCCAUUUGAGGGUCCUGACCGCCAAAGCUUAAUUCCAUUGGAGAAGGCUGAAGGACGCUUUCUUUUUAUUGUGGGCAUGGAUGAUCAUAACUGGAAGAGUGAAUUCUUUGCCAAUGAAGCUGCCAAUCGUUUACAAGCUCAUGGAAAAGAGAAACCUGAAAUCAUUUGCUAUCCUGGAACAGGUCAUUACAUUGAACCUCCCUAUACACCAUUGUGCCCUGCUUCAAUCCACUUUUUGGUGAGAAAACCAGUGAUCUGGGGGGGCGAGCCCAGAGCACAUGCAGCAGCGCAGGUAGAUGCUUGGAAGCAGAUUCAAAUCUUCUUUCACAAAACCCUCAAUGAUAGCAAGAAUAAAAUGUGAAUGAGUUGGUUAUGAGCUGUAUUUCAGGUGGAUGCAUGUAUGUUUACUAAGCAAAAUGCUGGGGAUGAGAGAUAAGCUGGGAACUGAUAUGAAAUGGGGGCAAGAACAAGCAGACUGUCAGGUGAUGGUCAUUUGAACUUUCUUUUCCUAAUCUUCAAAUACUGUAUUUGCAUUCUCUAUUCUGUAUUAAAGUCCUCAAGACUGGGAUCUGCAUGCAGUUGAUGGCACAA